AUGUCUCCUCGCCUUCUCUCGCUCUUUGCCCCCUCCCUCCUCCUCAACUCCUUGCGUCUUCCAGGUCGUGCUGCUGACGAGUCGCUGGACUUCUCGGAUCCUGAAGAGUCGCGAUUUGCCGGCGUGUUCUCAGACGGCCUCCUGGCCAAGUCUGACCCUAUCCUGUCCAUGUCGACUUUUCAAAAACCCCCGACAGCGACCCUGCUAGAUUAUGAGUCUACGCGGUCUCUGCACGAUGGCCCUUCCUACUCCAAUUAUGGACAGAAUACUUAUGUGACAAAUACUCCGCUCGUCCCCUCUCCUAUGGCAGAUCAAGCCAGUCAAAUCUCGGACUGCGGCCCCUAUCUGCCGAAUCAAGAGUACGCCAGCUCGUAUGAAGAAGGCCGGUCACCCAUGAUGAGUGGAGAACCCCGUCAAUUGCCGGAAGUCAUCUCAUAUACUCCCCAAAGAGGAUCGGAAGGUACCAGAGUAUUUGUCCAAAUUCAAUCGACGCACGACCUCCACUCAUCUGCAUAUACAACCCUCCAUCUCGUCUUCGGCUCGAAGAAGUGCGAGUGCACCCCGCACUUCCUGGGCUUGCAGGGCCCAUCCUUCCAAUAUGCUCUUUCUGCCGACACUCCUCCCUUCCUCUCCACGGGAUCCCCGUCAUUUGCUGUGCCCCUGCAGAUUACGAUCGAAAGUACUCACAGCGGCGGCCCCGCUACUACUACCUUGCAAGUCGGCGUCUAUACCUAUGAGCAUGCUUCACAGCACUCCCCCACGGAUGAAACGCGCAAGAGGAGGGUCCCCUCUUUCUCCAAGGACGCUGCGUACCGGCCAAUCAAACGGGCACCUGCUGCCCCAGCGCAUACCUCUUAUGAAGAUGGCCGAUCGACCUCCUACUCCCCGUACCUGCAGCCGCUCCCCGCCAUGAGCGGCUAUAUGCCUCCAUACCAUCAUCCCACUUCGUCGCCCCGAGUUGCCUCUUCGCAAUAUUCCGCUGUUUCAACACCGCACUCCUCCAUUCGAGCACCAUCUCCGCUCACCCCCUCGUGGACCCCCUCCCUCGUCAAUGUCAGCAGUGAUGCAAGAAAUCCGAACUACGCCAUCGCUCACGGCUACCGCCAGCAUAAAUCAUCCUCGCCAGCACGGCCUGCGAAUCCAACCCUGAUUCGGACGUCGACCUUGCAACAGGCGAAUGGUCUGGGCCAUGCCCAAUCCUUCAACCCUUACGCCAUGUAUCCAUCCAAAGCGGUCUUGAAACUGAACGGCGACCUAGACACCAUGACGGAGAAGUGGACACCGGAGGAGCGCGAAACCAAGCGGCGACUAGUCCAGUUCAACCGUAUACAGAACGGCAGCACGAUCCACGCCGACUUUAAGCCCGUCGCUCCGGAGGAACGCGGACCCAACAGUAUCUGCAUCAGCUGCAUCUACUGGGAAGGCAAAGACGAGUGCUUUGUCACCAGCGUCGAUACUAUUUACCUGCUCGAAUCUCUCGUCGGGGUUCGCUUCACUGUUGAGGAGAAGAACCGCAUCCGCCGAAACCUGGAGGGCUUCCGACCCCUGACUGUCUCGAAGGCCAAAGCCGACAGUGAAGAUUUCUUCAAGGUCAUUAUGGGCUUCCCUGCGCCCAAGCCUCGAAAUAUCGAGAAGGAUGUCAAAGUGUUCCCUUGGAAGAUCCUCAGCCAUGCGCUGAAGAAGAUCAUUGGGAAAUAUUCUGCUAGCUACUCUUCCACCGCCGGAGCACUGCCCACGCCCAUGGCUUCCAAUUAUCCAGGCAAUGGAGCCCCAUCAGACUCCGGAACGGAACCGUAUAACGCAGCGUCGCCGCAAUCCGUUUCCGACGCUGCUCCCCCCAGCACAUAUUGUCACAGCAUUGCCACCCCCGCCUAUUCCCCUCCCACCGACUCCUCGGGCCCCGAGCUGCGCGCUGUACUCCCUGCGGUCAGCCAGCCCUAUCAUAGCAUGGCGCCGGGGUACUCAUAUCCCGCUGUCUGCCAGCAGCAGAGCCAUGUUCCCCUCGCCGCACCUGUUAGCCGACCCUCCUGGGAGCUGGGCAGUCUUGCCCAUCACCCUUCCGCUAGCGCAGGGCAUUCGGGCAAUGGCUCCUGCUAUAAUUAUAUGGCUCCCAUGCCUUAUUCGCUGCCUGACCCCGCCCACGGGUCUUGA